AAAUGUAAAAAAAAGUUAUUCUAUAUUCAAUGGUGAAGACCAUAAGCAGUUAAACUACAUCGUUUCAUAGGUCCUUAAAGCAUUACCUAAGCCGCUGCCUCGCCUGACUCAAGGGCCGUUUCAUUCAGACUGUCUCUUCUGUUUUAGAAAACCCUUUCAUUGUUGUUCCUUUUGGGUUGAAGAUUUCAGCGAUAUGUCGUUAACAAGUGAGAAGAGGAACAAGAAGACUGAAGACAGGAUGGGCAAGUUACCUGAUGAUGUUCUCCUUAAAAUCAUGUCAUUCUUAAACACCAAGCAGGCAGUUCAAACCUGUGUUUUGUCCAAGAGAUGGAAGUCCCUCUGGCAAUCCCUUCCUAACCUUGACUUCAAUUUCGAUACUUUCCCUUUCCAACAGGAAAUAGAUGACGAGGACGAAGAGGAGUUAGAGAUGAAGAUGUGUUCUUUCAGCAAUUUCAUCAGUCAAGUCCUUUUCCGGCGUUGUCCCACUGACCUUGUCAAGGUUUGCGUCCAGUCUCUGAGCUAUGACCGGCAUGCUUCUGUCCUAGCCGGUUUGAUUUGUUACGCUGUUAAACAUAAUGUCCAACACCUCACCUUCCAACUCAUAGGUGGUUGCUCAUUUUUAAUGCCCAAGAGUCUCUACACUUGUCAUUCAUUGACAUCACUCGGUUUGAAAGGUAAUGUUUGGAUGCCCAUAAAACCACCCACAUUACUGGCUUGUCCAGCUCUUAAGUAUUUGCGUCUCUCUCGAAUCUCUACGGCUGGACCAAACUUUGAACCGACGGCUUUCUCAGGUUGCCCAAAUCUUGAAACUUUGGAACUUUUGGAUAUUAGGCCUGGAAGUAAAAAUUUAUGCAUUAAUGCUGUUAAUCUGAGAAGCUUGGUACUUUCAUUUGCAUUAGAUUUUGACUGCAAGGUUGAGAUUUAUGCUCCUCGACUCACAACUUUUAAGGAUUCUGGUUAUGUUCCGAUGGUGUGUUUAAGGGAAAAUCUUGCAUUUCUCGAUGAUGUAUAUUUUGAUAUAAAGGCAUCCAUAUUUAUUCUCAAUGAGGAAGAGCAUGUUAUUCGUUUGAUCAACGCCUUUAACGAGUUUCGUCAUGCAAAAUCUCUCACAUUAUCGACAUCAACAGUCAAGGUUCUCACCAAAUUUCCUUCCAUGGUGGAUCGAAAUCUACUACCAUUUGCUAAUUUAAAGCAUCUGAAUAUAAAAGUUAAGAAGUGGCAAAGCAAGGGGUUUGAAAUACCUGCAUGUAUCCUGAACUACUUUCUCAACCGCUCCACUGUAUUGAAAAUAUGCAUGGAUAACCAAAUGGCAGGCUAUGAGAGUCCUGAGGAUAGCGAUUAACUUGGGAUUUGUAAACUCUUUCUAAAACUGAUUGCCAGUCUUUUAUAUUGGUCUUUGCUGUUUUGUUUAUGUAUGGAGCUAGAUCUAAAGUUGAGGGAACUUUGGCUGUCUAUAUGCAUGAUUCACUGUCUGAAUUUCAAUUCUAUUCUAUCUCAAUCAAAGAUUCUUAAGCAAA